GUCAUCGGGGCCAUUACCCACGGAGGAGAGAGCGCACCAAGGCUGGCUGCGUGCCGCCGCCGCAGAGGUUGCACUGUGAGGCAACAGUCUGCUGCGCCGCUGGUCAUGGUGAUUGGCCGAGGAGGCGGCGCCUCUUCCCCUGCGGCCCUCUCCCGCUUAAUCGCUCGAGGAGAGCCGCGUCCCAACUGAAAUUCACCGCUGCCUGUGCGUCCUCCUGCCACGUCCUGACCACGCCGCUUCCGAAAUGGCCAAGGUGCCCGGACAGUCAUCGGAGAAUAGUAUCGAGGGGUACUCGUACGAGCACAUCGAAAGUAUCGCAAAUUUCCUACUGAGCAAGACGGAGCACCGACCAACCAUAGGAAUCAUAUGUGGCUCUGGCCUGGGUUCUCUGGCUGACCUUAUUGGAGGCAGCAAAGAGUUCCAGUACAAGGACAUUCCAGAUUUCCCAGUCAGCACAGUUCCUGGCCACAGCGGGAAACUUGUUUUAGGUAAACUGGAAGGAAAGACUGUGAUUUGUAUGCAAGGACGCUUUCAUCCUUACGAAGGCUAUCCACUAUGGAAGUGUGCUAUGCCAGUAAGGUUAAUGAAACUGCUUGGAGUAAAGACUCUUAUUGUCACCAACGCCGCUGGUGGGGUGAACCCAAAUUUUAAAGCUGGCGAUAUCAUGAUCAUCAAGGACCACAUAAAUUUCCCUGGCCUCGGCGGUGACAAUCCUCUGAGAGGUCGCAAUGACGAAAGAUGGGGACCUCGCUUUCCGGCCAUGAGCAAUGCCUACGACAGGGAUCUCCGGGAGUUGGCCAAGAAAAUUGCCAACGAAGAGCUUUCGCUCUGGCCUUUUCUCCGCGAAGGUGUCUACUGCAUGGUUGGAGGACCAAACUUCGAGUCUGUUGCCGAGAUAAACAUGCUCCGAGUACUCGGCGCCGACGCUUGUGGCAUGAGCACGGCACACGAGGUCAUCGUGGCAAGACAUUGUGGCCUCCGUGUCUUCGGGCUUUCGCUCAUCAGCAACGUGUGCAUAAGUGACUACAACACGUGCCAAGUGGCCAAUCACGAAGAGGUCCUCGAAACCGGCCAGAAACGCAAGAAAGACCUCGAAAAACUCGUCAAGGCUCUCAUCAAGAAGAUGGACGCCUGAAAUACUACGCUGUUCCUCGCCUCCCAUUCGCUGGCAGUAUGUUAGACAUGCACCAGAAAACGCAUCACAGAAAAGAGCGCUACUCGCUAGGGCCGCGACACGUACUUAGGUACAUAUGAAGGCUGAUGGGGAGAUGGAAGCCAAAGCAUAAUUCGUGACCUCAGACUGUAUGCUUUACCUUCCGCUUCUUACUAGCCGCAGCUCGGGUCGGCACACUGUUGCGUAUUCCUUCACACCGGAAUGAAGUGGUGGCACUUUGCUAAUUGCUCUUCAUACUCUAUCUCACAAGUCGUUUGCAGCACUGUCGAAGGUACGAGGCGUGCACAGGCAACAGCCUUGCGCAGCGGAAUAUAGUUCCGCGCGUAUCUUGAUUAUUGGUGGGAUUAUAGUUUUAUUUUUCGUUGGUAGAUGACAUGCUACAGCGAUACGUGGCAUGCUAGGACCUCCGCACAUGCAUGUCGUAUACUGCGAAUUAGUGUGACGGCGAGCAGAAGACGCGACCCGGAAGAAUACAUUUCGAGAGGCACGCGGCCUUUCUAUUCGCUAAGGAGUCCUGCAUCUUCCACAGUGCUGCAAACGACUUGUGAGAUGGAGUAUAGUAGUGGCUUCAAGCGAUGAUUACACUGCUCUCGGAGUCCGCCACGCAAACCCGUAAUGUGACAGGCCCAGCGUCCAAGAGACGCUCGUGGUGAGAGAGUUAUAGCACAGCCACCUGCUCUUCGAGAUCGGGGCGUGCAGCUCAUUUUAUGUCUGUCGCGUGAAAUUAUUACAUAUAUUGCCGUUAUCCAACAAUGAAACACUUCGAGUAAAAUUUGUUUCAUACACAUGUUCUCUCACGCGUGGCAUGAACAUGUUCAUAUCCUUUUAUGGAAAGCAUUUCACACAAGUUUUAAUUUUGAAUGUGGACCCAGGGACCACGUGUUACAUUCUUUAUUCAAGUUUUGGUUCUUAGUUCCAUCUGUAAUCACAACAUUGGCGCUACUGAAGUCACUGCGACGCUAUGUUGCCACACGGCGUUGUUAGGGUGUAUAUAGAACAAUUAUUCGAAUAUUUCACGAGAUCUGGGACAGGCGAAUGGUGUGUCAAUAAGUAAAUGUGGAUGACUGAUGUACCGGUGCUGCAAUAUACGAUAAAGCGUUCUUGUAGAUUAAA